AUGGCGGUACGUGUACAGUUCGAGAAUAACAACGAAGUAGGUGUAUUUUCCAAAUUAACAAAUUCCUAUUGCUUGGUAGCGAUCGGUGGUUCCGAGAAUUUUUACAGCGUAUUUGAGGCGGAAUUAUCUGAAACCAUACCUGUAGUUCACGCGUCCCUUGGAGGAUGCCGUAUAAUUGGCCGAUUAUGCGUUGGUAAGACUUGUAACUCUCGAAGUAACAAAAACGGACUGUUAGUCCCAAACACGACAACAGACAUAGAACUGCAGCAUGUACGAAAUUCUCUACCAGAUAAGGUUAAAGUACAAAGAAUCGAGGAAAGACUAUCUGCUCUGGGUAACGUUAUUUCCUGUAACGAUUAUGUUGCAUUAGUACAUCCAGAUCUUGAUAGAGCAAGUAUCAUAGAAACGGAAGAAAUUUUAGCUGAUACAUUAAACGUAGAAGUAUUUAGGCAAACUGUGGCUAGUAACGUUUUAGUAGGCUCUUAUUCUGUAUUAUCAAAUCAAGGUGGUUUAGUACAUCCAAAAACAUCCAUACAGGAUCAAGAUGAAUUGUCAUCUCUGUUACAAGUACCACUUGCUGCAGGUACAGUAAAUAGAGGCAGUGACGUUAUAGCUGCAGGGAUGGUUGUAAACGAUUGGGUUGGUUUUUGUGGUAUGGAUACAACUUCGACAGAACUUUCAGUUAUUGAAAGUGUUUUUAAACUUAACGACGCUUCUCCAGGUGCUAUCGCAUCAACUAUGCGUGCAUCGCUUAUAGAAAGGUAAUGUACAUUAAAUCUGAAUAUUACUUAGAUAUGAUAAUAUUAACUAAUGUUUUUUUCUUAUUUCAGUAUGUCUUAA